AUGGCUCCCAAGCGCCACGCGGCCUCAACUACCUCCGCGGCAUCCUCCACGCCCACGCCCACGCCCGCGCCUGCGCUCACAACACCUAAACUCUCCUCAGGCCCAAAUACCCUCAAGGCCAAUGCCUCAGCUGCUGAAAUUGCUGGCCAUGUCUGGAAGCAGUAUGCAUCCACAACGCCGCAGCGGACACUUCUCUUAGAUGCCUUCAUGGCAUUCUUAGUACUUGUUGGUGGACUGCAGUUCAUGUACUGUGUUUUAGCUGGAAACUAUCCUUUUAAUGCUUUCCUCAGUGGAUUCAGUGCGGCUGUUGGUCAAUUUGUCCUUACGGCAAGUCUGCGCAUGCAAACUAGCGAUAACGGUACUGGUUCUGGAUCGAAGCCGAGCUCCAAGGGAAAGAAUGCGCACUUUGCAGAGAAGAGCGAAGAGCAAGGGACGGGUACUUCGCAUGAGAGGGCCUUCGCCGAUUACAUCUUUGGAAGCUUGAUCCUACACUUUUUCUGCGUCAACUUUAUCAACUGA